UAUGUAAGGUCUUCCUGCAGGCCUGACUCCUCUUGCAGCUACCACGGCCUCCCCGGCAGUCGGCAUCCAUCACCGGCAGACCGGCAUCUGGUGCACGCACGUCAACGUCAUACAUUCCUGCACCAGAUGGGGAUGUACGCUGCGCUCCGCACUGCGCAGUGGGUGCUGGGCAAGGCGCUAGCCCCCGUUGCCGAUGGCGUGCUAGGGGCUUGGGCAGCAACCAAGAACUUUGGUCCCAACGUCGAGGCCCUCAGCACUGAACUACUGCUCGUGAAGGCCGCGCUUGAGCAGGCUGCCCACAAGGAGCUCGGAGGCCCGGCAAUGGAGAUGCUGCUUCAGAAGUUGCUGGACUCGGCACACAAUGCCGAAGACUUGCUGGAUGAGCUGGACUACUUCCGCAUCCACGACAGGCUCCAUGGCACGUAUGAUGCUGCCGACGAGCACGGCAAGGGUUGCACCCGUAACCUUGCCCUCAAUGCUCGCCACACUGCCAAAGCUGUUGGCAAACUGGUCAACUAUUGCGCUUGGCAUCGUGCUAAGCGCCGGCAGAGUUCACACAACAAUUCCUUGACGCCAAAUGCCAAUCAGGAGGUCAGCAGAUUCAUGCCCAAGCUCUGUAAACUCCUCCCUUGCUCAUCCUUCCCACAUCCGCAUGUUGGUGAUGACGAUCGUGGCAAUGAGCAAGAAACACCAAAGCUUGAGUUUAAUAGGGUUGGUUUCUCUCAAAGGAUGAAGGAAAUUGUAGAGAAACUGCAGCAUAUGCGCAAUGAGAUUAACAAGAUUUUGCAGGGUUGUGCCCCUAAAACUGUUCCAGACAUUGCCCAGGGUCGUCCUAUCACCAAAGGUCGAAUUGAUGAGCCAAAACUGUAUGGGAGGGACAGUGUCAUGAAGAGCAUCAUGGAUGAUAUCACCAAUGGUCAAUACUGUGACAAUGGUCUAACCGUGCUUCCGGUUGUUGGUCCGGGAGGAAUGGGGAAGACAACUCUGAUACAACACAUAUAUCACAAUGAACAAGUGCAGAAUCAUUUUCCAGUCACUAUUUGGAUAUGUGUGUCAGUCAAGUUUGAUCUGGAAAAAGUGCUAGGACAGAUUAAAACAUGUAUCCCUGCAGUUAAAGAUGAAAAAGAGGGCAGUACAACUGAAGAUUUGAUUGAGCAAAGAUUGAAAUCUAAAAGGUUCUUACUUGUAUUGGAUGAUAUAUGGAAGAUUAGUAAUGGGGAUGACUGGGGAAAAUUAUUGUCAACACUCAAUAAAUCAGAGGGAAAGGGUUCCAUGAUUCUGGUCACAACUCGGUUUGAAGCAAUAGCACAGAAGGUUGAAACACAUUGCCAAUCAAUAAAGCUGAAUGGUUUAGAAUCUGGAGAGUUUAGAAAGUUAUUCCUUGCAUUUGUCUUUGGUGAUGAGCAAUAUCCAAGGGACAAACAAUUUUUGCUUGAGACUGGAGAUAAGAUAAUGGAAAAACUAAAGGGCUCCCCUCUUGCAGCAAAAACGGUUGGUAGAUUACUGAGUAAAGACCAUAGUUU